AUGUCCAUGGGAGGCGACUCGUCUGGUAAAGCCACAUGUAAAAUCUCCAUGUUGUGGAAUUGGUAUACGAUUGAUACUUGUUUUAUUGCUAGGUCAUGGAUGAAUGAUACAAAAGGUAAGUUUGCAGGCUCUUGUAUCGGUUGCUUUGCAUUGGUUGUUAUUGCCCAAUGGCUCAAUAGAGUCUCUAGACAGUUUGAUAUCGAAUUACUCAGAAGACAUAAAAUGAAAUACUUGGCUCAUUAUAUGUCACCUGGUUCUGAGGAUGUCAGCUCUGAACUUUCCAUUGACGAUUUAAGUGCUAUCAGCCAGGAAUCAGGGUGGAAAACUACGUUGAUUGCACUUCAAAAGACUUUGUCACAUACUUGGUAUUUCAAUUUUCUCAGAAGAAACCCCGAAGACCUCAUGGACCCUAUCGAGAGAGCACUUUCAUGUUGUUCAUCUGUGCCACAUCGUGAUAUCUAUCCAAGUUUCCUAGACCAUUUCUGUAGAGCAUGGGUCUUUGUGUUGCAAUGGGGUCUCUCCUACAUCAUCAUGUUGCUAUUCAUGUACUACAAUGGUUACAUUAUUAUAAGUUGCCUGAUCGGUGCUGUAGUUGGUCGCUUCCUUUUCAACUACGAGCCUCUAGGAUCCUGCGGUGGUGGCUCUACUAGUGUUGUUGCACAUGACAAAGAGGAAAAUGACAGAAAAUGCUGUAUGUAA